AUGUUUCUGAGGCUCUGUGCCAAACUCAACUUCUCAAAGAGAGAUCGGCGUGGCCGUGAGAAGGACGAGGAACAGCUCGGUUUAUCUCCGAGCACGAAAAACCACGAUCGCGUCGUAGCAAACGACGACGUUGACGUGUCCUCCACGCCAGAAGCAGAAGCUCUCUCUCCCCCAAGAGCAGACCUCUGGGAAGUGACCGGAGAAAGAUCAGACGAGAAAGAUCGAAUGGCCCUACAUGGCCGUGAGAAGCGUGAUGAACUGUCUGGCCCCCCUCCGAGAACAGGAGACGUUUGCGUCGUAGCAAGUGACGAUGUUACUCCCCAAAGAGCAAAUCUCUGGGAAGUUGCUGGUGGAAAGCUAGACGAGAAUGACCGGAAGGCUCUGGGUUUGGAGCGCCCCCUCCUUAUCACGGAUGCUAUCGAAGGUGUGAUCAAGUCCACCGAAGAAAAAUACCGUGAGUACCAGGAAGGCGGGCUCAAGAUUCGCAAGCGCGAUGGUGGGCAUAUCAACGUCCGCGAUUCCGCGAAAAACAUUAUUCUCCAUGCAUUGCAGGCGCAGGAUCUUGUCACCAAAUUGGUCUCCUUUGAUCCGACUGGUCAUGCAUCAAGUGCAUGGUCAGUUGUUUCGAUCGGGCUUUCAAUAAUAAAAAACGACAUUGAACGCCGGGAUGAAAUUCUCCACGCAGCCGAGUAUCUAGCCGGCAUUCUUUCCUACUAUGCGAUCGUUGACAAUCAUUAUCGAGAAAGGAAAGUGGAAAGCGAUCGAGAAUUGGAAGACGCUCUGAUUGAAGUCUACAUUGCCGUUCUUCAGUACGCGGCAGAGGUGAAAAAGGCAGAACAAGAAAGCAACGCUGCUCGUAUAUUGAAAAGCGUCACGGCCCUUGUCCAACAGCCGUUCAAGGAACUCAAGGGAACUGUGGAGAAGAAAGAGCAGGCUGUUCAAAAGUGGGCAAAUGUUACGGAAGCUCUAGACCACAGAAGACAAGCAGAAAGCAUGCUCGACGGAAUUGACGAGGCGGUUGAAAGGCUAAAGAUUAUCCAAUCGCACACUAGAAGCUUGCAAGACCGAGAGAUUCUCAACUGGUUAUCCAUGGCAUCCUAUUCAGAUCCUCAAAAUAACGCUCGAGGCCACCGCGCAUCAGACACGGGUAACUGGUUUCUCAAUUUGCCCGAGUAUAAAGAGUGGAAGAUCACACCUGGAAAGAUCUGUUGGCUUUAUGGAGCAGUCGGCUGCGGAAAGUCGGUUCUUUGUUCUACAAUUAUCCAGGAUAUCGAGGAAUUCUGCAAUUCUGAUCCAUCAAGAAAAUUUGCCUACUGGUACUUUCAAUUCAGCAAUGACGAAACACAGAAGGUGUACAACAUGAUUCGGUCCAUACUGCGACAACUCAUGCCACGAACACUUCCUUCAUCUAUAAUAAAUCUCUGGGAAGAACAUAGCUCUCGGGGCAGUAAGCCACAACAGCAAAAAUUCGCAGACAUUCUGGACGUCGUCUUGGAAUCUUCCCAGGGCGAGGUUUUUCUCAUCUUAGAUGCACUUGAUGAGUGUCCAGCGACUGGAGACGACGGACGAAGCUCGCUUUUGCAGUUUAUCGAAGAAAUGCUAGAAAAACAUCAAAGCAAAAUGCACAUUCUCGCCACUAGUCGACCAGAGCCUGAUAUACGCUCAAGACUAGAACGAUAUCAAAGCGUGGAUCUGGAGAUUGGACUGGGGCAAGAUGUGGAAACUUUCGUCCGUGCUCAAGUUGCUCAUGGCAGGUUGCGCGAAUGGGGCGAGUCGGUCAGAAAGAGGACUCUAGAGAGAUUGCUUGAUAUCCCGGAACGGCGCUUUCGCUGGGCUGAUUUGCAAAUAAAGCGGCUACAAGAGUCCAAGACUGAGGCUGCAUUUCAUAAGGCUCUUGAUACCAUUCCAGCCACACUCGAGGAUACCUAUAAAGAUGCCCUUGAGCGGCUGUCGCCAGAGGAUCGGGAGGUGGCUCGCACGAUAUUGAUUUGGCUCAGUUUUUCUGCCGUCCCGCUAGAUUUGAAGACUGUCGCGGCUGUUGUGUCUUUUCGUUUCCCAGCAGAUGUUGUAACAACCUGCACUACUUCUCUAGUCACUGUGAGCAUGUCUGAUGAUACAGUGAGACUGGCUCAUUUUUCUGUGAAGGAAUUUCUGGUACACAACGAAGUUGAGGGUCACUGGUAUCAGUUCUCGGUCACAUAUGGCCAUGAGGCCAUAGCUAAUAGAGCGGUCGACUGUCUGCUUGAGGCUACCGAGGUUCUAACAAAGACCACUGCCGCGCAACAGCCACUACUGAUCUACACCGCACGAUACUGGCACCAUCACCUGGCACAAUUAGGAAAUCUCCACACCAGUUGUAUUAAUCUCCAGGAAAAGGUUGACCGCCUGUUCACCGAACGCAAUGUCUAUUUUAACUGGAUGCGCUCCUAUUAUUCCAAGUGGCUUAAUGAAAUAUGGCAUCAAUCUUUCGAGGAGCUGCAAUCGCCUCUGAGCUCUGCAUCAGAAAGAGGACUAAAAUCAACGGUUGAGUUAUUGCUUGCAAAAGGUGCCGAUCCUAUGAGAUCAUCUCUUUAUGGACAGGGCGACAAUGCAUUGCUAAAAGCCGCAAAGAAAGGUCACCUGGAGGUCCUACAGUUGUUGUUGAAUAGGGUGGAUGAGAUACCGCGAAGUGUGACUAAGCACAUGCUGAUGAUUAUUCGCGCCACCGAGUCCGACAAAGAGAAGUUAACAAUGAUUUUGGACCUGCUUUGA